CUGUUUUAUGUAAAACGGCACGCAUUUUAACGCGUGUGCUUGCUAGGCGAUACAUCGCUAAGCAGAGAUCAAGUGUGGGUGUAAAGUGUUGUGAUUGUGUGAAAAUGUGUAAACUGCAAGUGCUGAGAGCGUUGGUGAAUCAGCGGCUAGCUGUGGCUGUCGAAGAAAUACUUGUAGUGCUGGAAAGAACGAUAGCAGAGUACGAGGAGGAGCUUUCUCAAACAAAAGAGGAGAACGAGCGACAACGUCAACUACUGGACGCUGUUUUCAAGAAGCCUCAAGUUGUGUUGCGCAGAGCAGACGUCAGUGCAGAACAUCUUUCACCUGAGGAGGUGGAGCAGCCACAGUCCCCCCACAUUAAAGAGGAAGAGGAGGAAUCACAGACCCCCCACGUUAAAGAGGAGGAGGAGAAUCACAGCAUUUGUCAAGAGGGAGAGCAUUUUGAGUUCCCAUUGAUUGGUGUCCCUGUGAAGAAUGAAGAUGAUGAAGACAAAGGUGAAAGUGAGGAGAAGAAAGAGGUGGAGCCUCCAAGCAGCAGCUCAACUCAACACAAAACAGAAGCUGAUGGAGACCACUGUGGAGGAUCACAAGCAGACUUAGCUCCACUCUCAGAUCGUGACAACACCACAGCAUACUCUUCUAACACUGAUAAUGAAGACUCUAAAGCUGACAUGACAUGUCACACUGACAACACACACUUUAAAUGCUCUCACUGUGACAAAACUUUUAAUGACCGUAGAAAUAUGAAAAGACACAUAAGACUGCACACAGGAGAGAAACCAUUCAUGUGCUCAGUGUGUAACAAAAGAUUCUCUCAGAAGGCACAUUUGACAGCACACACACCAAUACACACCGAAGAGAAACCUUUUGUCUGUUCAGUGUGUGGUAAAGGUUUUGGACUAAAUCAUCGUUUGAGAACACACAUGAGAAAACACACUGGUGAGAACCCUUUUAAGUGUUCAGUGUGUGAUGUGGGUUUUACACAUUAUCACCAUUUGAAAGCACACAUGAGAAUACACACUGGUGAGAAACCUUUUACUUGUUCAGUGUGUGGUAUAGGUUUUGGACAGAGGUAUCAUUUAAAAACCCACCUGGGAAAACACACCAGAGAGAAACCUUUUACAUGUUCAGUGUGUGGCAUAUGUUUUGUGUAUAAUCAUGGCUUGAAAACACAUAUGAGAAUACACACCGGAGAGAAACCUUUUACAUGUUCAGUGUGUGGUAUAGGUUUUGGACAAAAUGAACAUUUGAAAAAACACAUGAGAAUACACACUGGUGAGAAACCUUUUGCCUGUUCAGUGUGUGGUAAAGGUUUUGGACAAAAUCAGAAUUUGAAAGCACACAUGAGAAUACACACUGGUGAGAAACCUUUUGCUUGUUCAGUGUGUGGGAUAGGUUUUGUACAAAAUCAGAAUUUGAAAAGACACAUGAGAACACACACUGGUGAGAAAGUGUUUAGGUGCAGUGUGUGUGAUGAAAGAUUCUCUUAUAAGUACCAGCUUAACAAUCACAAGUGUGCUGAUGAGAACAGCAGCAGGAAAUGAAGCUGCAGGAUUUGAAAUAAACUGUCAAGACUUUGAUAACUUUUACUUUCUCUCAAUAUCACCACAUAUAACGUGUGACAACAUUGAUGUGUGUGUAACUCAAUCUUGUUAAUAUGCUUCUGUCGUUUAACUAUGUGUGCCUCUCGGCCGAAGUCAGCUGAAAAAAUAGAAGAAAAGCUUUGACUGAGUGUCUCCCAUUUUUAUUUGAUUAAAAUGACAACUUGAGCCAAGAGGACAGACUGAAAAGCUGUUCUGUUGUUUGCCCUUAGCCUGGUUAGCAUGCCAGUUUGUUUGUGUUUGAUUUGUUAACUGUUUGAGGAUUUGGGGAUUAUUUUAUUCAUGCUAUUCAUUUUAUGUACACUAAUUGUAAUAGUACAGUCAAGCUAUCUAAUGGAAAAUCUCGGAGGUUAGGCAUUUACAGAGGAAUUAAGCAAGGCGAUUGGAUUGUUAGUUUUGCACGCUCUUUGCUUACACAUUCAUCAUAAAUACUUUCAAGGAAUAUGUACAGGAAAAAAAGUUAGCUGAUGAUACCCCUUUGAUCCGGUAAAAUAAAGACCAAAUACCCACAGCUGUUGAAUGCCUUCAGUUCUACAGUAGAUGCGUCAAGUUUAUGAAUUAGUAUUAUCAAAUGUGAACUGUUUCCACUUAAGAAAACAUAUUUACAUUAUCACGUGGCAUUUCGGUUGAAGAAGUUGUAACAUAUUUGUGUAUUAAAGUGUGGAGUUGAAUUUUUAAUCUUUGUUAAGUAAGAUAAAAAAAUCUUUUUAAGAUAUGGGUCUGUUACUGUUAUGUGUUCUGGUUUGUGCUGUCUGUGUUCCGAGUGGCCUUGUUUUUGUCAUGAUUGGAUCCUGUCUUGCCCUGACCUGACCUGUCUUUCCCCCAAUCAGCUCUCUCCUCCCUCUUUCGCUAAGCUCUGGUAUGUCUUCUUGGGUAAUUAGUGUGUGUAUUUACUUCCAGGUUUUGCAUCUUGUAUUUGUCGGAUCAUCUUGUCGUUGUGGUGAGUUUUCGUUUUGGAGCUCAUUGCAUGUUUUUUGUGUUGCUUUUGUUACACUUAAUACCAAAUGUGACCUGUAGAUGUAGCCAGCGGCGGACUUAGCAAUUUUGGGGCCUAAGGCGAACAUAGCCAGGGGCCCUCUUUAUAUGUUCUUUUAACACGAAAAAGCAGGAAAGGCAGCCUCAAAGGCCCUUACCAAUACACAACCUUGUACUGAAUUAAUACAGCAUGAACAGAAUGAGAGAAUAAAGUUUCGGAUAUAAAACCAGUGUAUGUCAAAAUGCCAGAUAUUUAUUUUUGAACAAAAACAACCCAGACAGCAUCACAACAGAUGUGUGCGUGUGUGUCAGAGAGAAAGAGAACAGACUGUGUGUAUGUGUUGAGGGUGAAGAUGAACAAUUGCAAUGUAACAAAAGCAAUUAUUAAACAAUAUAUGCCAACAGUCAGAAAGUGUCAGGAGGAA